GCCGGAAGUGUAGUUUUUCGCGGAAGCGUCUCGUUGUUGUGGCGGGUAAGUUUGUCUCUGCUGUGACGGAGCUUUAGCGUUUUAACCCGGAUUAAAGCGACCGGUACCCGCGGCCGGUAGUGUGAGUGUUGGACCGGAGAGCCCGGAGCCCGGACCGGUACACCGGGACCGUCUGUAGUCAGUCUGUCGAGGUCAUGUUUCUCCAGAAUGAACGCCGUCUCCAAACGCCUCAAACUCAGCCAGUCUAAACCGCCACCCGGCGCCGCACGGAGCCUCAGACCGCCACGCUCCGGUCCACUGCUCAGCUCCCAUGAUGCUUUGCUGCUGCCGCCUCCUGCAGGGGGCGGAGCUCCGGAGGAGGAGGAGGAGGAGUUCCUGCUAGUGGAGGAAGACACCACUGACUCCAGCCUCAUCAUCACCAUGGAGGAGAGUCAGGAGGAGGUGAAGGCAGCGAGGAGGAGAGCGGUGAGGAAGAGGAAGAAGAAACUGAUGGAGGAUGGAAGGGGCGGAGCCUCAGAGAGUGAGGAGGAGGGGGCGGGGCCAGAGGUGGAGAUUGACAGGCAGCUCGACCAAUCACUGGAGACCAAGUCCAAACAGCACAACCUGACCACCGUGAACGUCCGAAACAUCAUCCACGAAGUCAUCACCAACGAACACGUAGUGGCCAUGAUGAAAGCUGCCAUCAACGAGACGGAGGCCGUCCCUGCGUUUGAGCCGAAAAUGACUCGAUCCAAGUUGAAAGAAGUCGUGGAGAAAGGAGUGGUGAUUCCAGCCUGGAAUAUUUCUCCCAUCAAGAAGACGAAUGACGUCAACAAGGCUCCCCAGUUCGUGGACAUCCCUCUGGCUGAGGAAGACUCCUCUGAUGAAGAGUACCAUCCUGAUGAGGAAGAGGAGGAUGAGACGGCUGAAGAUACCUUCCAGGAGAGUGACCUGGAGAGCACAGCUUCGUCUCCCAGAGGAAGCCGCCUGAACAGAGGGGAGGAGGACAGCUGCAGUCCCUGGCAGUCCUGUCGGAGCCGCUCCAGGCGUUUCAGGGCGGGGGCCGUCUCCAUGGGACCCCCCCCUCCUCCCAAAGCUGCUCCUCCCAAAGUGGUCGCUGACAGCGCCUUCCUGGAGAAACUGCACGCUGUGGAGGAGGAGCUGGCUGUGUGCUUGGAGCCCUACCAGCCUCUGUCUGAGUCUCAGGACGAGGUGGGUCUGAUGGCGUACCGGACUCGGUCCAAGCGUCCUUUACGGGACGUCCCGCUGGGCCAGCUGGAGGCGGAGCUCCGAGCUCCUGACAUCACACCUGAUAUGUACGACUCAAGCUCCGCCCACGAGGACAGGGACUGGACUGAUUGGCUGAGAGGCCUGAUGACCUCAGACAUGGAAAACGAAGAGGAGUGUGAUGAUGAAGAUGAUCCAGAGUACAACUUCCUGGCCGAAAUCGAUGAACCAGAUGUGGAGGAUUACCGUGACGACAAGGCUGUCCGCAUCACCAAGAAGGAGGUCAACGAGCUGAUGGAGGAGCUGUUUGAGACGUUAAAAGAAGACCUGGCAGGACAGGAAGUGGACGAUGAAGGCCACGAGGAAGAGGAGGAGCCUCAGCCUGUUCAAACACACACACCUCAGGAGCAGCACCACACCAGCAUGGCGACAGAGCUCCAUGACACAGCAAGACGGCCCCAGCUAACAACUGCCAGCACCACCACACUGUGUAAACGCAACACAACCACAACUGAACACCCUCCGCCCACGCACCACGCCCUAACACACCCACUGCCCCCGCCUGCCCGCCCCGGGGCACCCCGCCCCCCCGGCCCACCGGCUACCCACCCGCCCAGCCAAGCCGCCACCGCCCACCGGUCACACCGACCAUCCGGGCCCGUCUCUUCAGGGGCCACCACCCCACUCCACACCGCCCCACUCGAUAGAAUCACGCCCUGUCUAUCCAGGUCACCACCAACCGGUCCCACCCCCCUGCCCCACCCCCCGGCUGGGUCUCCCCCGCCCACCUACUGCAUACCCCCCCUGUCCGCCCCCCCUCAUUUCACGGCCGGCGUUUUCCGCAUUCUUACCACGUACCAGAGCGGCAUGAGCCCCCCGCCAUACUUGCACCCAUAA